GGUUCAGUUUUGAUACAAAAAACAGCAACAUUUUAGGAUAAAGCUAAUGUCCCCAAGGGUGUUAUUGUGAAACUUUCUGGUGAAAAGAGGAUUAAAACAUCUGAAAAGAUGGAAGACAUUGAUGCCAUGUUCAGUGACCUGCUGGGGGAGAUGGACCUCCUCACUCAGAGUCUCGAACAAGGAACGGUACCUUCUGAAUCUCUUCCUACCAUCAAAAAAGAAGUCAACUUCUCCAUCGGCUUCACUGACCUGAACGAGUCUUUGCACGAGCUGGAGGACAAUGAUUUGGAUGCACUCAUGGCCGACCUGGUGGCUGACCUCAAUGCGACAGAAGAGAAGAUCGCAGCUGAAAUACGAGGGCUGGAGGAGCCAUCACCUCCCCCACCAGACCUGCCACCUCCACCCAAAGUCCUGAGCACCCAUCCAGCGCCCUCCAGUUCAUCACCAUCAUCCAGAAAUGGCAGCAGCAGUGGCAAUGUUAGCGCCCCCACCACCUCCACCACCUCCCCUUUGCCACCUCCGCCUUCUCAGUCAACGAAACCGACAAAGGAGGAAAUGGAGGCGCAGAUGAAGACAGACAAAAUUAAACUUGCACUUGAGAAGCUUAAAGAAGCCAAAGUGAAAAAGUUGGUGGUAAAAGUGCUAAUGAAUGACGGCAGCUCCAAGACUCUGAUGGUCGAUGAGAGACAGACUGUCCGGGAAGUUCUGGACAACUUGUUUGAGAAGACACACUGCGACUGCAACGUGGACUGGAGUGUGUGCGAAACAAACCAUGAGCUUCAACUCGAGCGGACGUUUGAAGACCACGAGAACAUGGUGGAGCCGCUCUCAGCGUGGACGAGGGACAGCGAAAACAAAGUCCUCUUUCAAGAGAGAAAAGCCAAGUUUGAGGUCUUCAGAAACCCUCAGAACUUUUAUCUUUGGAAAAAAGAUAAGAAAACUCUCAAAGACAUGAAAGACAAAGACAAAGAACUGUUGAUAAAGGAGAACUUCUGCAGCACGUCCAUCAUCGUACCUGAUCUGGAGGGAGUGCUGCACCUCAAAGAGGAUGGCAAAAAGUCGUGGAAGCAGCGGCUCUUCCAGCUCAGAGCUUCAGGAAUUUAUUAUGUUCCCAAAGGGAAGACCAAGUCAUCUCGUGACCUCGUCUGCUUCGUCCAGUUUGACAACGUGAACGUUUACUUUGGGAAAGAUGUGAAGAACAGAUACAAAGCUCCGACUGACUUCUGCUUUGUUCUUAAACAUCCUCAGAUCCAGAAAGAGUCUCAGUACAUCAAAUAUCUUUGUUGUGACGAUGCGUGGGCGUUGAAUCUUUGGGUGACUGGGAUACGGAUCGCAAAGUAUGGUGCGUCACUGUACGAAAACUUUAAAACAGCAGAGAAGAAAGCAAUCCUCAGCUCUGCAUGGACAAACCGCAGCACUCCGUCUGGCUCCAGCUCGUCAACACCCUCACCCACCAUCAAAGUCAAAGCACAGAGUCAGGCCAACGGCCAUGCUUCAACAGCACAAUCAGAACCACUUGCUCAGGACUUUGGAAACCCCCCACCUCCACCUCCACCCUUGGAUGAACUCCUCCCUCCGCCUCCACCUGACCCAGUCCACCCUCCUAAACCCCCGUCACUGGUUCACAAACCUGCUGCUCCACAGCGACACAAUCACAGCAACUUCCCUCCACCUCCGCUCGGUCUGGACAACCUUCCUUCUCCUCCCCUGCCACAACCCAUUGAUGACUCCUCAGAACCUCCACCAGACUUCCUUCCGCCCCCUCCUCCCAACACCAGCUAUGGCUCGCUGCCUCCUCCCCCUCCUCCUGUUAACUUUGCUCCACCUCCUCCUCCACCACCAACCAGUUUUGGAGGCAUUAAACAAUCCCUGCCUCCUCCACCACCGGAUCCUCAAUUCUUACCGCCACCUCCACCUAAUCCAGUGUUCACAGGACCUGAGGCUCCCCCACCACCUCCACCUCCUCCACCUGCUCCAUCUCCUGCCCCCUUACGGGCAGUUGGGCGGCCUGCUGGGUCGGUGAAGAAGAUGCCUCCUGCGCCCCCAAAGAGGACUAUGCCAGCGCUGCCGGGAGGAGACGGUGGAGGAGGAGGGGACUUCAUGUCAGAACUAAUGCGUGCUAUGAAGAAACGUAGCGACCAGUAGUUUAAACAGGAACGAGUAUAAAACAAACUGGGCCUGAGCAACAUUUGUUUUCUUGAAGUUGAAGCAAGAAAAAGACAGAUUCACCUCUGCACAAGUUCAUCCAUCCUCGCUCCUCAUCGAGAACAGCAUUUCAAGAAGUUUGACACAAACUGAACAAAUCAAAUCACGGUUUAAGAACAUGAACGUACCGUCUAUGGGUGCUUCAGGUUUGCUU